AAGUUUCAGUCAUGGUCUGCCCACAUGUAUAAAUAAAGGUGCUGAUCAGAUUCUGACACCUGCAGUUCAGCAUCACUGUAUUCUGGUAAAGCUGUUUUCGCUGGUAAAGAGAGAAUCUCCUUGAAUUUGCUCUGCUCUGCAUUUUUCUCUGGUGCAGGAGGUGCAGUUUCUCAUAAUGAGGUUUUUAAUCUCAUUGUGCGUGUCUCUGCUGCUGCUUAAUAAUGGUGAAAUAAUCAAUGGACAAACACCAGCAACAGUGACAUUGAACACAACUGCCUCACAGCCAGGAGUCGGAGCCGUCAGGUUGGUGAAUGGACCCAACCUCUGUUCUGGAAGAGUGGAGGUUUUCCACAAUGAAAUCUGGGGAACAGUGUGUGAUGAUCUGUGGGAUUCAACAGACGCGGCAGUGGUGUGUAGAGAACUGGGCUGUGGGAAUGUGACAGAGGCAAAGAGCUCUGCUUAUUUUGGACAAGGUUCUGGACAAAUCUGGUUGGAUGAUGUUCAGUGCCGUGGGAAUGAAUCAACACUGAAAAACUGUUCAUCACUUGGAUGGGGAUCACAUAACUGUGGGCACCAAGAAGAUGCUGGAGUCAUCUGCCAAGGCCAGGCACAAACUAGCGCAGCACCACGGACAGUAACAGUGACAUUUAAUACAACUGCCUCACAGCCAGGAGUCGGAGCCGUCAGGUUGGUGAAUGGACCCAACCUCUGUUCUGGAAGAGUGGAGGUUUUCCACAAUGGAAUCUGGGGAACAGUGUGUGAUGAUCUGUGGGAUUCAACAGACGCGGCAGUGGUGGUGUGUAGAGAACUGGGCUGUGGGAAUGUGACAGAGGCAAAGAGCUCUGCUUAUUUUGGACAAGGUUCUGGACAAAUCUGGUUGGAUGAUGUUCAGUGCCGUGGGAAUGAAUCAACACUGAAAAACUGUUCAUCAAUUGGAUGGGGAUCACAUAACUGUGGGCACCAAGAAGAUGCUGGAGUCAUCUGCCAAGGCCAGGCACAAACUAGCGCAGCACCACGGACAGUAACAGUGACAUUGAAUACAACUGCCUCACAGCCAGGAGUCGGAGCCGUCAGGUUGGUGAAUGGACCCAACCUCUGUUCUGGAAGAGUGGAGGUUCUCCACAAUGGAAUCUGGGGAACAGUGUGUGAUGAUCUGUGGGAUUCAACAGACGCGGCAGUGGUGUGUAGAGAACUGGGCUGUGGGAAUGUGACAGAGGCAAAGAGCUCUGCUUAUUUUGGACAAGGUUCUGGACAAAUCUGGUUGGAUGAUGUUCAGUGCCGUGGGAAUGAAUCAACACUGAAAAACUGUUCAUCACUUGGAUGGGGAUCACAUAACUGUGGGCACCAAGAAGAUGCUGGAGUCAUCUGCCAAGGCCAGGCACAAACUAGCGCAGCACCACGGACAGCAACAGUGACAUUGAACACAACUGCCUCACAGCCAGGAGUCGGAGCCGUCAGGUUGGUGAAUGGACCCAACCUCUGUUCUGGAAGAGUGGAGGUUUUCCACAAUGGAAUCUGGGGAACAGUGUGUGAUGAUCUGUGGGAUUCAACAGACGCGGCAGUGGUGUGUAGAGAACUGGGCUGUGGGAAUGUGACAGAGGCAAAGAGCUCUGCUUAUUUUGGACAAGGUUCUGGACAAAUCUGGUUGGAUGAUGUUCAGUGCCGUGGGAAUGAAUCAACACUGAAAAACUGUUCAUCAAUUGGAUGGGGAUCACAUAACUGUGGGCACCAAGAAGAUGCUGGAGUCAUCUGCCAAGGCCAGGCACAAACUAGCGCAGCACCACGGACAGCAACAGUGACAUUGAACACAACUGCCUCACAGCCAGGAGUCGGAGCCGUCAGGUUGGUGAAUGGAUCCAACCUCUGUUCUGGAAGAGUGGAGGUUCUCCACAAUGGAAUCUGGGGAACAGUGUGUGAUGAUCUGUGGGAUUCAACAGACGCGGCAGUGGUGUGUAGAGAACUGGGCUGUGGGAAUGUGAUAGAGGCAAAGAGCUCUGCUUAUUUUGGACAAGGUUCUGGACAAAUCUGGUUGGAUGAUGUUCAGUGCCGUGGGAAUGAAUCAACACUGAAAAACUGUUCAUCAAUUGGAUGGGGAUCACAUAACUGUGGGCACCAAGAAGAUGCUGGAGUCAUCUGCCAAGGCCAGGCACAAACUAGCGCAGCACCACGGACAGCAACAGUGACAUUGAACACAACUGCCUCACAGCCAGGAGUCGGAGCUGUCAGGUUGGUGAAUGGAUCCAACCUCUGUUCUGGAAGAGUGGAGGUUCUCCACAAUGGAAUCUGGGGAACAGUGUGUGAUGAUCUGUGGGAUUCAACAGACGCGGCAGUGGUGUGUAGAGAACUGGGCUGUGGGAAUGUGAUAGAGGCAAAGAGCUCUGCUUAUUUUGGACAAGGUUCUGGACAAAUCUGGUUGGAUGAUGUUCAGUGCCGUGGGAAUGAAUCAACACUGAAAAACUGUUCAUCACUUGGAUGGGGAUCACAUAACUGUGGGCACCAAGAAGAUGCUGGAGUCAUCUGCCAAGCUUUGAAUGACCCCUGUUUUGAGCUCAACUGCACGGAGGAUGAAUGGUGUGGAGAGAAAAAUGGUGUUUAUGGCUGUUUCUGUAACAAGAGUCAUCAAAGACCCGACCCAGAAUCUUUCGAUUUCUCUGAGGUUUGUGAAAGCAGCUCUGGUUCCAUGUCUCUGUCUCGCUGUCAGCUCUUUGAGGCUGGUUUUCCUACUGACAACUUACACCUCAAUGACCCCAACUGCAAAGGAACAGUCUGGAAUGGCAGAGUGGAGUUCUAUUUUGACAACAAUGACCACAUCUGUGGUACAAGUCUUGUGGCCAAUGGCACCCACUUCAUUUAUGAGAACUUUAUUUUUGGAACUUCGGGCUCGACUAAAGGUCCCAUCAGCAGGAAGAGAAUUCUGAAGAUGAAUUUCAGCUGUAUAUACCCCCAAACCCAAACACUUUCUAUGAAUAUGGAAAUCAAUCCACUAGAGAGCAUUGUCCACAAGAAGCUUCCUGCUGGUCAAGGGACAUAUCAGGUCAGGAUGGUUCCGUAUCAGGAUGCUGAGUUCUCCCAGCCCUUCACUGGAAGUGUGAAUGUGGAGCUGAACCAGCAGAUGUUUCUGGAAAUUCGUGUAGAGGGGGUUGACAGCCGUCAGUUUGCCACAGUGAUUGACACAUGUUGGGCUACACCUGAGAAUGAUCCUAAUCACUCUGUCCACUGGGACCUCAUCAGCGGAGAGUGUCCAAGUCCAAAUGAUAACACAGUGGAACUGCUGCAGAAUGGAGUCUCCACAUCCAGCCGUUUCUCCUUCAGUAUGUUUGUCUUCACUGCAAACUUCACUAAGGUUUAUGUGCACUGUACUGUUCACAUUUGCCUUCUUACGGGAAACCACUGCUCAACUCAAUGUGACUCUGGAUACCACUGGAGAGAGGGCAGGUCUGCCGAAUUCCAUGACAGUGCUUCCAUUUCCAUGGGUCCCCUGGUGUUGUCUGAAAAGAAACAAGGUAUUUGAGCCCCAGAACAGCAGAACAUAUCCAUGGCUUAAGUGUCUGUGUGAUUCUUUGAUUAUAUUAUUUGUUUCUCUGCUAAGUGUUUUGAUCACUCAUUGUUUUAUAUACAUCUCUUUCAAAAUUAAUGUCUUACUGAUGCCACACUCCUACAAGCUGGGUUUCUCACUGCAAAUUAUGCUUUUAAUAUCAUCUUAUCUACUGACACUCGUUUUUUUUUUUCAUUUUAUUUUUUUUAUGAUGGAUUAAGCUUUGUUUCCCAAACCAGCAUGUAGAUUGUUUGUUAUUAAGCAGAACAUAUGUGCAUUGUUAUGGGAACCAUGUGUGUAUUCAGUACCAUUUAUUCACCAGUGGUUACAUUUUCUUUUGUCAUUAUAGUGUGGGGUAGAAUCAUUAGGAAGACAGAAACAAUAUAAUUCUAUGUCUUUUGUUUGUGCUGCA